AUGGCGUACAGCCACCGAAUGAGCCAGCAAUUCCAUGGCUCUCAGCAACACCAUAAUAGAGGUCGCAAGAAGGAAGAUGAGAAUGAUGCUCUGAUGCGUCUGCCCGACAAAGAAAUCGCAGGAUGCAUCAACGAUAUCGGCAUCCCUUUCACCGCCGCCGACUUGAUCAAGCCAAACCCGCAGCAGAUCCAGAUGGUCUUCGAAUGGUUUGCGGAACUCCUUAUGAAUAUGACACGCGAAACAGUAGAGCCGGCGAUGCGCGCAGCAGCGGACGAUAUCUGCGGUGACUACCCCGACAUUGUUCCCACGGACACGCGCAAUCUUAUGGGGUUCUUUACCAGUCUACGGCGGUUGAUGAUGGAGUGCGGUGUCAACGAUUUCACAUUUACGGAUCUCACGAAACCUACACAUGAUCGACUCGUCAAGAUAUUCUCGUACCUCAUCAACUUCGUCAGAUUCCGCGAAUCUCAAACUCCCGUCAUUGAUGAGCAUUUCAACAAGGCGGAGAAGACGAAAUCGCGCAUCGAUACCCUGUUUGCGGAGAAUCAGGAGAUGGAACAACGUCUCGAGGAGAUGCGCCGGACUCUGAAGGCCAACGAAGCACAGGUCAAAGAGAAGGUCAGACGGAACGAUGAGUUGAAGGCGCGGCUGCUCGAACUGAGACGAAAUCAGGAGCGAGUGGCCGAGACACUGGAACGAGCCAAGGCGGAUAAGGCGAGACGGCAAGCCCAGCUCGAGGAGAAAACGGAAAGGGUCGUCCGUACGCGGCAAGAAGUCGAAAAGCUGCGUCCCUAUGUAAUGGAGAGUCCGAUCUCUCUCCAAUCCUCUCUGACUGAACUCUCGGAGAAUCUUUUACGUGAGAAGGCUCAGAUCGAUGCGAUGGAGAAACGAGCGAGAGCUUUGCAAACGUCAUCAGAUACGUUUACUGUUGUUAGCAAUGAUGUGCAAGCCUGUGUGCGACUUCUUGAAGACAUAGCUGUCGAGUUGCAAAAGGAAGAGGACGAGGAAUCAAGGGCCUCCAGGAACAGAGAAGCAAUUUCCGAGCGAGGAAACAACGUUAGGGAGGUGGAGCAGACCGAGAAGCUGCUGCAGCGGCAGCUGGCACGGUGGCACGAGCGGAUUGAAGCUCUGCGAAAGAAUGCCCAAGAGAAGGCAGAGACAGCACAGGGGCGUAUGGAGGAACUUCGGGAGGUUCAAAAACAGCUCCGUGAGGAGCGUGCUGAGAAGCAGCGCGAUAUGGAGAGGAGGAGAAUUAGGAUCGAACAAACUGAGAAGAAGAUGGCCGACCUCAAGGAGAACAUUGAGAGCGAGAUCCAAAGUGCUCACGAUGAGUACCUGAAGUUGGAGUCGCACAUCAAACUUUACAUCACUGACAUGGAGAAAUGCCUAUAG